UGCAUCGAAAUGCAAAACCGAAUUCACAGGUGGGGGUGGUUGGUGCUGGUGUUCUUCAGGCGUUUGAACUUGGCGCUAUACAUCGUAACCUCACCUACCUUCAACUUCUCUUCAUCCUCCUCCGGUUUGAGUAACAUUUGAUUUGAAAUGGCGGUUAAUGCUGCAAAUCCGGAUGAACAGGUUGUUCUUGGAGAAGAGGUUGAUCAUGUGAGAUUGAUCACUUUGAACCGACCUCGCCAAUUAAAUGCCAUCUCACCUGAACUGGUUUCGCUGGUAGCAACAUAUCUAGAAAAGUGGGAGAAAGAUGAUAAAGCAGAGCUUGUUAUCAUUAAGGGAGCUGGUCGGGCUUUUUCUGCUGGUGGGGAUUUGAAAGUGUUUUAUGAUGGCAGGAAGUCAAAGGAUUCCUGCCUUGAGGUGGUCUACAGAAUGUACUGGCUCUGCUAUCACAUUCAUACCUAUAAGAAAACCCAGGUUGCUCUUGUUCAUGGAAUUUCAAUGGGUGGAGGCGCAUCAUUCAUGGUGCCAAUGAAAUUUUCAGUUGUUACAGAAAAAACUGUGUUUGCGACUCCAGAGGCAAGUUUUGGGUUUCAUACUGAUUGUAGCUUCUCUUACAUACAUUCUCAUCUACCUGGGCGAUUGGGGGAAUUCUUGGCACUGACUGGAGGACGGUUGAAUGGGAAGGAAUUAGUCACAGCUGGACUGGCAACCCAUUUUGUCCCUUCUGAGAAACUUGCUGAGUUAGAGAAGCGCCUGAUUAGCUUUAAUUCUGGUGAUGAGAAUGCUGUGAGAUCAGUAAUUGAAGAAUUUUCUUCAGAAGUUGAGCUUGAUGAAGACAGCAUCUUAAACAAGCAGUCGAUAAUAGAUGAGUGCUUCUCAAAGGAUACUGUUGAAGAAAUUAUUAAAUCAUUAGAAGCUGAAGCAAGCAAAGAAGGAAAUGGAUGGAUUGGUGCAAUCCUCAAAGGAAUGAAAAGGACAUCACCUACUGCAUUGAAGAUAACCUUAAAAUCGAUUCGUGAAGGAAGGAAUCAGAAGCUAUCUGAAUGUCUAAAGAAGGAAUUUAGAUUGACGAUGAAUAUACUACGAACCACAAUAUCUGAGGAUAUGUAUGAGGGCAUUAGAGCUCUCACCAUUGACAAGGAUAAUGCCCCAAAGUGGCAACCUCCAGCACUUGAAGAAGUAGAUGAUGGGAAGGUGGACUUGGUCUUUAAGCCUUUUGAAAAGGAUUUUGAGCUGCAGAUCCCAGAAAAAGAGGAAUGCAGAUGGGAAGGUAAAUAUGAGAAUUCAGCUUAUGCAGCCUAAGACAACAGGAGCAGAACAUGAAGAAUCUCUGGUUAGAUGCCGUUUCUGAAGGCCUUUGAAAAUUUGGCUCGGAUUCUUAUGAGCACAGUGGUGUAUAUUUAUCCUAGCCAAUCCACUCACUUAUGGUUGAUGCUUUUAUGUAAUUUAGAAUUAGAAUAAAAUGAAUGCGUGAGUUCAUGAGUUAUGAAGAACUGCCCACUUUGAAGUUCUUAAUCCUUUUAAUCUCAAUGACAAGCAAAUAGGUAAAUCCCACUA